GUUUGUCAGCACUGCCGAGCAGUUGAUCGUGUUCUCUAAUUCAUCUGAACCUAGUUCUGUGUUCUUUUGCUUCGUCCUUGCUUUUUUUUUGGUGAUUUUUUGUUUUUAUACUUUUGCUAUAUUUACCUGGAGCAUAGGGUGUAGUUGCAUGAGCCAUCCAAAUUAAAAAAAAACUUAUAGCGCUUAUAAAAUCGAAAGCGAAAAGCUUAGACAGUUAAAAUAAAUAAUAUCAGGAUAUGACGAGAUAAAUCACUAUGGAAAAAGUAUCGAGCUGGACAAAAUUUAAGCUUUUGCUUUGGAAAAACUGGGUUCUUCAAUGGAGUCACAAACUUCAACUCUUCAUUGAGGUGUUAUUGCCGAUAAUCUUUUGUCUCCUAUUAAUAUUGGUACGUUUUGCGGUAGAUGUCAGUGAAGAGAAAGGUACGACUUACAAGCCGCAAAACAUCGACACGCUGGAUUUAUUCAAUAACUCUCUAAACAAGUUGUCUGGGAAUACUCUUCCGACUUUUGAGCUGAUAUAUGCACCAAACAAUGUUGUCCUGAAAAAGCUUAUGGACGAUGUGGAGAACAGUUUGAACAUAGUAACAACGGGUAUUCCCGAUGUAGAUCAGAUCGUACCGCAAGUGUUGGGGAGUAACUCUGUUGCUGGCGUUGAAUUUCAUGGAUCCAAUUUUGAUGAGCUACCGGACAAUUUAGAGUUCACAUUGCGCUUUCCCUCAGAAUGCCGGACAGGUCAAUUUUCCACAUGGACAACAAACCGAUUAUUUCCAAUGUUCUUACCACCGGGACCACGAAAUCCCGACUCCGAUGAUGGCGGAUUACCACCUGGCUAUCUGCGCGAAGGCUUUCUGCCCAUACAGAAUGCGAUAAGCAUGUCUUAUAUACGACAGAAGUCAUCUAUCAACACAUUGCCAAACAUAGUUUUACAACGAUAUCCAUAUCCGGCCUAUACAGAUGAUAAGUUGAUAGGUGCAUUCCAUGAUGUGAUUUCCUUAAUAAUUUUACUAAGCUUCAUCUAUCCGUGUACGUGUAUCACCAGGUACAUCGCCAAGGAAAAGGAAAUGCAACUGAAGGAAGUGAUGAAGAUAAUGGGACUUGACAACUGGCUGCAUUGGGCCGCUUGGUUCAUUAAGUCAUUCUGUAUGCUGGCGGUAUCAGUGAUUUUAAUGGUUGCAUUAAUGAAAAUAUGCUUCAGCGAAGGCGUUGCCGUUCUUACCCAUUCCAAUUUCUUCGCCGUUCUCCUGUUCUUUCUCAUUUACAUAACGAACACGAUCUGCUUUUGUUUUAUGAUGUCAACGCUCUUCUCCAAGGCUAGCACAGCGGCAGCGGUAACAGGAUUGGUGUGGUUCGUCUUCUAUAUGCCAUACAUGCUCACAACUGUCACGUACAGUGAACUUAAUUUGAGUCAAAAGCUCGGCUGGUCAAUGUUCUUAAAUACAGCGAUGGGCUUUGGCAUACUGCUAAUCGUUUCGUUCGAGGCAGCCGGAGAGGGCUUACAGUGGAACAAUUUAUUCUCACCGGUUAACAUUGAUGAUAACUUAACUGUUGGCCAUGUUAUGCUAAUGAUGUUAGUAUCUAGCUUCGUCUAUAUGCUGGUCUGUCUCUAUAUUGAGCAGAUAUUUGCUGGCAGUUACGGAGUAACGCGCGAAUGGUAUUUCCCCUUUACGAAGUCAUUUUGGUGCCAAAAAAAGAAAGUGAUGACGCACCCAGAAGAAAUGCCUGAAUUGGAGCAAAAGGAUCCAAAUGCCUUCGAGAAAGAGCCCACUGACAAACACAUUGGCCUACAGAUCAGAAAUUUAAAGAAACAAUUUAAAAAUAAAUGGGCUGUCAAGGGGAUAUCACUCAACAUGUUUGAAGAUCACAUAACUGUGCUACUUGGCCAUAAUGGAGCUGGCAAAACGACAACCAUAUCGAUGAUAACGGGCCUGAUUCCGCCCACGUCUGGCACAGCGAUUAUCAAUGGUAGCGAUAUACGCACCAAUCUCAAGGGUGCUCGCGAAUCAUUGGGUGUUUGUCCACAGUAUAAUGUGCUGUUCGACGAUAUGACCGUUGCCAAUCACUUGCGCUUUUUCUGUCGGCUGAAGGGUCUCAAGGGCACUGCUGUGGAUGCUGAGGUGAAAAAGUACCUACAAAUGAUUAAUCUGGAAAAGAAGGCUAAUAAUUUAUCGGCAACACUGUCGGGCGGCAUGAAGCGUAAAUUAUCCCUGUGCUGUGCUCUUUGCGGCGGCACUAAAGUCGUACUUUGUGAUGAGCCCAGCUCUGGCAUGGAUCCAGCUGCACGUCGUCAGCUGUGGGAUCUACUGAUAAGCGAGCGACCCGGCCGUACUAUAUUGCUGACCACUCAUUUUAUGGAUGAGGCCGAUGUGCUUGGCGAUCGUAUUGCUAUCAUGUGUGGUGGAGAGCUCAAAUGCAAUGGCACUUCCUUUUUUUUGAAGAAAAAAUUUGGGUCGGGUCAUCGGCUGAUAUUUGUCAAGAAGGAGAACUGUCAUCCAGCUGAAGUGACGGCCGUGCUAAGCAAGUAUAUACCAAAUAUAUGGCCAACUAGUGAUAUUGGCACAGAGCUUAGCUACAGUUUGCCCGAUAAGUAUUUGAAUAAAUUUGAGGAGAUAUUUCGAGAACUGGAGAAGCGCAAAGAUGAGCUGAAUGUGGAAGGUUUUGGAGUUGGCAAUACAUCAUUGGAGGAAGUGUUCAUGAAAGUGGGUGCGGAGUCUAUGCCCAAUGACGAAAGAAUGGAGCUUAAAUCAAAAGUGAUUCCCCAGGCACCAAACCCGGACAAUGAAUCAAUGAAAUCGGAUACCUAUCUAGCGCAGAAUGGUCAACUGUUGGAUGGCAUGAAGUUAAUGGGCAAUCAGUGGGCGGCAAUGAUGUAUAAGAAGGUGCUGUAUACAUAUCGCAACAAAGUGCUGUUUAUCGUGCAAAACAUUUUGCCCAUUGUGUUUGUUACCUUGACAAUAAUGGUAUCGCGCAGUAGUGGCAUCAACUCGGAAUUGCCAUCGAUGGAAGUCAGUCUUACCCAAUAUCCGGCUGCGAUUUCCGUGUUGGAAACUUUGCCAACUUUGACAAAAGAUUCACUUGGCGGACAAAUUGCCAAAAGCUACGAACAGUUGACCAAGUCAUAUGGCCCAAGCUAUACGUUUGAGAGUACGGGUGAUAAAACCUUUUCGGAUUACAUACUCGAUCUGGGCAAGACCAUACAGGUGCGAAUUAACUCACGCUAUUUGAUAGCUGCAACCAUUGGAGAGGAUAAGAUAACCACCUGGCUAAAUAAUCAGCUGUUACACACAGCGCCCCUCACUCUUAACAUGGUGCACAAUGCGAUAGCUCACGUAUUAAUUGGCCCACAUGUAAAAAUCAGUGUUACCAAUUCUCCAUUGCCAUACAAAACGGAAACAUUACUAAUCCGAUCACAAGUGGGCGCUGGCCUGGGCACCCAAUUGGCCAGCAAUUUUGGGUUUUGCAUGUCCUUUGUAAGCACUUUGUACAUAUUGUUUUUGAUCACUGAACGUGAAUCGAGAUCGCAGCUAUUGCAAUUUGUGAGCGGCGUCAAGGGUUGGGUGUAUUGGCUGUCACACUUUGUGUGGGACUUUUUAACCUUUACGUUAACGGCUUUCAUUGCUACAGUCACGUUAGCCUGUUUCCAGGAGGAGAAUUUUAGCACAUUUGAUGAACUGGGUCGCAUCUUUGCGCUGAUGCUGAUCUUUGGAUUUGCCGUGUUGCCAUUUACCUAUUUCUUGUCGUAUUUCUUCAAAGAUGCCGCCACUGGCUUUGCACGAAUUGUCAUUCUGAAUAUAUUCGCUGGCAUGGCCAUAUUCGCAGUGGUCAUUAUAAUGUCAAGCGAACUAUUUGAAACGAAAACUGUCGCAAAUUGGCUCAAUAACAUCUUUCGCAUUUUUCCACACUUUUCGCUCGCCAUGAGCAUCCACAAAGUUAGCUCAAAUACGGCUACCCGAACUGCCUGCGACAAGCUAACCGGCCUGCCGCCCAUCAUUAUCUGCGAGCUUGUGCCAAUGUGUUGCAGCGUAAGUAAGUUCUUUGAUUGGAACGAACCCGGCGUGCUGCAGGAGAUAGUCUACAUGAUUAUUGUUGGCUUAAUUUUCUUUACUGUCCUUUUGCUGAAUUCAUACGGCGUAAUUCGCAAGAUUUCGACCUAUCUAGUUAAGAAACAACCAAUUCCGCCCGAGCGAACUGUCUUUGAUGACGAUGUGGAUAAGGAACGCAGUCGCAUUAUGAAUAUGAGUCAGCAAGAGAAAGCCGAAAAGAAUCUGGUGCUGGAUAGUGUGUGCAAGUAUUAUGGAAAGUUUUUAGCUGUCAAUCAGGUGUCGCUAUGUGUGAACGAAGCCGAAUGCUUUGGCUUGCUGGGCGUAAAUGGGGCUGGCAAGACGACAACGUUUAAGAUGCUGACAGGCGAUACGAAUAUAAGCUUGGGCAAUGUUUACAUCCAGGGCAUAAAUCUAAACAGGAACCUAAAUGAAGUAUACAAAAGAAUUGGUUAUUGUCCUCAAUUUGAUGCAGUACUGGAAAAUCUAAGCGGCCGUGAACUCUUAAUGAUUUUCUGCCUGUUGCGCGGCAUUAGGAGAAAUAUCAUCAAACCAUUGUCAGAAGAUUUGGCCAUGACAUUUGGCUUUUUCAAGCAUAUUGAUAAGAAAACGAAGGCUUAUAGCGGUGGCAACAAGCGUAAACUGAGCGCUGCAAUUGCAGUGAUUGGCUCACCAUCUGUUGUUUAUAUGGAUGAGCCCACUACUGGCAUGGAUCCGGCUGCCCGACGUCAGCUGUGGAAUAUUGUGUGUCGUAUACGAGAUUCGGGCACAUCAAUUGUGCUCACAUCGCACAGCAUGGAGGAGUGCGAAGCAUUGUGUACUCGUCUGGCUAUCAUGGUUAAUGGCGAGUUCAUGUGCAUGGGCUCCACGCAACAGUUGAAAAACAAGUUUUCUAAGGGUCUUAUACUUAAAAUUAAAAUGCUACCCGCGACGAAAGAUGGAUACAGCACACCCGUUCCAUAUCAGGUCAGCAAUUUAGCAUUGGGUGGUAAUCUCGAUUCCUUAAGAACUUCGAUUUCUAAUGGAAAUAUAUCACCAACGCCUAUUCCACAUCAGAGCAGCAUUAUUGAUUUUCUGCCGUCGAUUGGCAACGAUAGCAAUGUCAAUGCCCUUGUUAGUACCAAUGUGGAAGACAUGGAUAACAACACGACAUUACAACAGAAUAACAACGAUAAAGUCAAGCAGUUCAUCCAUGAAAAAUAUCCGGAGUCUAUUCUACAAGAGGAAUGUCAGGGCAUGCUAACGUUUUACAUUCCACUGCAGGGCCUUAAAUGGUCUGAAAUUUUCGGUAUUAUAGAGGACCAUCGUGAAAAAUUGCAAAUGGAGGAUUAUUCUAUAAGUCAGACAACAUUGGAGGAGAUAUUCUUAGAUUUUGCCAAAUACCAGGCUGCAGAUAACCGAUGUUCCAAAACAUUGCGUCGAAAUUGUUGCGGCUGCUAAGAAUUUAUAUUUUAGGAACCUUAUGUACCCAAUGUGAACGUUUUAGGCAUUUUCGACAUCUGGUAAUCAAAUUAUGUUUAUCAGAUUGAUUGAAUUUUAAAAAUCAGAGAAAUGUAUAGCAAAUGUGAAUUUUAAUGUGAAUUAAGGAAGGAAGACUAUUUUAAUAUAACAGUUAUAGAUGUGUUUCGUAG